UCCGUUGAAACCGUCUCUCUCUCUACUGUCUCUCUCUAUGCAAAUUCCUCCACUGUCUGUCCUAAUGCUCCCAUCAGCCUGCAAACUCCCCCAACGUCUCUCUCACUAACGCAUUUUCUCUCUCACUUUCUCGAGAAAAUUAUCAUCCUCACCUCGCCGGAAACAAUGUCGGUUUCCGGCGACGCAGCUUCCAGAAACUCCCUCUCCCACACUCUCUCCUCCAGAACGCCCUUUCUGGGUUUAAGACUCUACGUAGUCAUCGCGAUUCUCCUUCUGUGCUUGCUCUCGUUUUUUCUCCUGAUCUUCCUCUGCAUUCGCUCCAAUCGAACCUCGCGAAAGCGCAAAAUGCGAGUCAAGCACAGCUCCGGAUCAAUCCCACUGGUCUCGAAGGAGAUCGUGGAGAUCAAGAAGGCUCAAGGCCCGGAUCGCACCGAGAAAUCGGUGGUCAAAAUCGGAAACGUUUUGAAUUUAGAGAAGGACAUCGAAGGCGGCGCUGGCGGUGGUAGAGAAGAGAUCAGGAUUGGCGUGAUCGAGAGAGGGAAAAGGAGCGAGGAGAGCGACGCUUCCGGCGGCAGCCGGAGCGACGCGUCGGCGGAGACGCAGAACAUCGGGUGGGGACGGUGGUACGGCUUGAAGGAGCUCGAGAUUGCGACAUGUGGAUUCUCCAGCGAGAAUGUGAUCGGAGAAGGAGGGUACGGGAUUGUAUACAGAGGAGUUUUGCAGGACGGUUCGGUGGUGGCCGUGAAGAAUCUUCUUAACAACAAGGGUCAGGCCGAGAAGGAGUUCAAGGUAGAAGUUGAAGCCAUUGGGAAAGUAAGGCACAAGAAUUUAGUGGGUUUAGUUGGUUGUUGUGCAGAAGGUCCUCAAAGGAUGCUUGUCUACGAGUAUAUUGACAAUGGUAACUUGGAGCAGUGGUUGCAUGGUGACGUUGGGCCUGUUAGCCCCUUGACAUGGGAUAUUCGAAUGAAGAUAGCCAUUGGAACUGCAAAAGGGCUGGCCUAUUUGCAUGAAGGCUUGGAACCCAAAGUGGUGCACAGGGAUGUUAAAUCAAGUAAUAUUCUUCUGGAUAGAAUGUGGAAUGCAAAAGUAUCAGAUUUUGGAUUGGCGAAGCUAUUGGGGCCCGAGUCAAGCUAUGUGACUACACGUGUAAUGGGAACAUUUGGAUACGUCUCCCCAGAAUAUGCAAGCACAGGUAUGCUUAACGAGGGAAGUGACGUAUAUAGUUUUGGAGUUCUUCUCAUGGAGAUAAUUACAGGAAGAAGUCCAAUUGAUUAUUCCAGACCACCUGCAGAGAUGAACUUGGUUGAUUGGUUUAAAGGAAUGGUUGCAAACCGUCGUGGUGAUGAGGUUGUUGACCCUUUGAUUGAAGCUCAGCCCCCUCCAAGAAAUAUGAAGCGUGCAUUGCUGGUUUGUCUGCGCUGUAUAGAUUUAGAUGUCAGUAAACGACCAAAAAUGGGUCAAAUUGUUCAUAUGCUUGAGGGAGAUGACUUCCCUUUCCGUACGGAGCCGCGAUCAGCUAAGGAGAAGGAUCCUCUCCCACCCCAUGGACCUACAUCCCAUAAAGCUCCAUAUCUACCCGAGCGUUCUGAGAUAGGCGAUACUGGUACAGAGAGAUCAAGAUGGAGAUGAUCAUUAUAUUUUUUGCAGGACAAGGGAUAGUUCCUGAGGUCGUUUCUGUAACAUAAUUCUUCACAGUUGCAAGCGUUGAAUAUUGCACAAUGCAUACAUGUUUUACAUUCGUCACCCCCUAUAUUUUUGCAGGACAAGGGAUAGUUCCUGAGGUCGUUUCUGUAACAUAAUUCUUCACAGUUGCAAGCGUUGAAUAUUGCACAAUGCAUACAUGUUUUACAUUCGUCACCCCCUAUAUUUUUGUUGAUAUAUUGCCGCAUCUUAUAUAUAGAUGAUCCUUGUAAAUAUGACUUCAAAUUUUUAGUAUGGGAAUUGUACAAGCCCCUGAUGCAAAAUACCAAUUAAAAG